AUGGCAGCGUCCGGCCGCGUCGGCGCAGAGGCCUCGGGCAUAGACGCCGCCGCCGGCCCCGGCGCAAGGCCAUCCAUGUCUCGUCGGCGGUCCGACUCCAUCGACGGGCUCUCGCCGACCUGGGCGCGCACCAGCGGCGAUGGCGAGCUUGAGAACGAGCCCCUCAUGGACCCUAACCUGCCGGAUGACGAGUUCGAGCUCAUGGACCGCUCACGCCCCGACGAGGACGGCCUGCUCGCCGACGACGAGCUCAAGGUGCCCGGGCAGGAUGCCGAGCUAUCUGGCCAGCAAGAGGACUCGCCCUACCCCGAGGUCCGCGCCGCCAUCCGCAACUACGAUGAGGACCUCGCCUGCAACACGGUCCGCGCCUGGGUCAUUGGCCUGUCCCUCGUCGUCGUCGGCGCCUCCAUGAACACCCUCUUCUCCCUCCGCCAGCCCUCCAUCUCCAUCGGCUCACUCGUCGGUCAGAUCAUCGCCUGGCCCCUCGGCCACGCCUGGGCACGCUUCCUGCCCGACGCCCGCUUCAACACCCUCGGCCUGCGCUGGCGCCUCAACCCGGGUCCCUUUACCGUCAAGGAGCACAGCGUCAUCGGCGUCAUGGCCAGCGUCUCCUUUUCCGUCGCCUACUCCACCGACAUUAUCCUCGCCCAGCUCGUCUUUUACAAGCAAAAUUUUGGCCUCCCCUUUCAGCUCCUCCUCACCAUCUCGACGCAGUCCAUCGGCUACGGCAUUGCCGGUGUCAUGCGCAAAUUCCUAGUGUAUCCGGCAUCCAUGAUUUGGCCCGGCAUCCUUGUCGCCGUCACGCUCAUGAAUGCCAUGUAUGAGCAAAACGACCUGCCCAACCCGUCCAUCGUCGGAGGCUCCAUGCCCCGGUUCCGCUGGUUCCUCGUCGUCACCGUCGCCUCCUUCUUCUACUACUUCAUCCCCGGCUUCCUAGCCCAGUGCCUGAGCGUCUUUGCCUUUGCCACCUGGAUCGCCCCGCAGAGCGCCGUCGUCAACCAGCUCUUUGGCGGCACCACUGGCCUGUCGCUCGUGCCCAUCACCUUUGACUGGACCCAGAUCGCUGGCUGGGUCGGCUCGCCUCUGAUCCCUCCUUGCGCCAGGUACGCCAUUGCCAACGUCUUGAUCGGCGUCGCCCUCUUCUACGUCGUCGGCUCAUCGGUACUGCACUACUCGGGCGCGUGGUACGCCCAGUUCCUGCCCAUGAGCGACGCCAACACGUACGACAACACGGGCCAGCCAUACAACACCACGCGCGUCCUCAACCCCGACUUCACCCUCAACGAGCAGGCGUACAAGGACUAUUCCCCGCUCUUCAUCAGCACGACUUUUGCCAUUGCAUACGGACUCGCGUUUGCGUCCAUCUCGUCGCUUAUCGUCCAUACCUUUCUGCACUACCGCAAGCAGAUCUGGAGGCAAUACAAAAACAGCACCGGCGAGAAGCCCGACAUCCACAUGAAGCUCAUGAGCAAGUAUGACGAGGCCCCGACCUGGUGGUACAUGUCUCUCUUUGCCACCAUGCUCGUGUUGGGGCUUUACACCGUCCUGGCGUAUCCCACCCAGCUCUCCUGGUGGGCGUUUCUGCUGGCCGUGGCCAUCUCCUACGGGUUCGCCUUGCCCAUCGGCAUCAUCGAGGCCGUGACCAACAACCAGAUCGGCCUGAAUGUCCUCACCGAGUUUGUCUACGGCUACAUCCAGCCGGGCAGGCCGUUGGCCCUGAUGAUGAACAGUUUCAAAACCUUUGGUUUCAUCACAAUGUCGCAAGCGCUGCGGUUCAUCUCGGACCUCAAGUUUGGUCACUACAUGAAGAUUCCACCGAGGACCAUGUUUUGGGCUCAAGUUGUCGCCACGACGCUGUCGUGCUUUGUCCAGGUCGCCGUACUUAACCUGGCCAUUGGCGGCAUAGACAACAUCUGCGACACCCAGCAGCGGGACCGCUUCACCUGUCCCGGCGGCCGCGUCUUCUUUUCCGCAUCCGUCAUCUGGGGCCUCAUCGGCCCCGACCGCAUGUUCUCCCCCGGACGCAUCUACUCGGGCCUCUUCAUCUUCUUCAUCCUCGGCGCCGUCACCCCCGUCGCCAUCUACUACGCCGCCAAGCGGUAUCCCAGGUUGCCGCUGCGGUACCUCAUGGCACCGCUCAUCUUUGGCGGCGCCGGCGCCAUCCCGCCCGCCACGCCGCUCAACUUCUUCUCGUGGGGGCUCGUUGGCUUCAUCUUCCAGUACUGGAUCAAGAACCGCCACGCUGCGUGGUGGAGCCGCCUCAACUUCCUCACCUCGUGCGGCCUCGACCUCGGCCUUGCCAUUGGUACCUUGUUCGUCUUCUUCGCCUUUUCCAUGCAUGGCGUCGAGCCGCCUCAGUGGUGGGGGAACACCAUCGUCGCCACCACCAUGGACGUCCAGGGCACAGCGGUGAGGGCAAAGGUGGAGGCAGGCCAGCAUUUUGGCCCCGAGUUGUGGUAG